AUGGGUCAGGAGCCGGGCGGGGAGGAGGAGGGUUCAGGAGACGAGUCAGAAGCGCUCCCCACCUACUCCACCCGCUUGCUUCCUACAUCCACACCAGGCCUCCACACUGACACUCCACUCUGCUCCAACUCCACCCACUCAAUCCUCAAACUGGUCUCGCCUCGCCCAGGCCAGGCCUCUUAGACCUUACUGGGCCACGACUCUGCCGAAGACAUUGCCGUCACCAUAGCUAUAAAAAUGGCGACUAUUGACAACAUGCCUCAGCCCAGCGACGUCCACGACGUGUCUCAAGGGCCCCUAGUGACGCACUCAUUUCCCCAGACAUCGUCGCUGGUGUCCACGGGGGCAGUGCUGGCCAGGACCGGCGUCACGUCUGCCAAGGAGAAGAGAGAUCAUGACACCCACAGUAAAAGCUCUUCAAGGCACUCGACUCAUCUUGAAAAUCGUUUUUCGCCAGUCAGAAGCUCUACGACGUCGUCCGACGAGGUCACGACGCCUCAGCCACCGCCCCCGGACGUGGCUCACAGAGAUACGCCGAGGGAUAGUGACGAGGAUGAAAGUCCAGAAGAUACAAUUAAUCGGUUAUCACAAUACUCCCUCACGCUGGAGCCUGUCCACGGGACGAGCAAGACAGCCUCACCCAGUCUUCCAAAAAAUAAAAUUCAGUUCAUUAUGUCUUUAAAAAAGGAAUUAAAGAAACAUAAUAUAAUUCCAAAUAAUUUCAACAAGCUCGGCUUUUUCGAGGAGCUGUACAAACUGCUGGCUGAGGACAUGUGGGAGAUCCGUAACGAAGCCACUCUGCUCAUCCUCGACCUCCUACCUUACCUCAAGAGUGACUUAGACGCCUGCAUGUCCAUUGUUCUUCCGAAUCUCGUACCGAACUUGGGCGACAGGUGUACUACACUCCAGAAAUCCAAUAUCCAGCUUCUGAAGACCUUUGUUUCCACAAGCAAGGAUAAAGACGGCUUUGUUGAUGACCUGGUUACCUACGGCAUCAACCACGAGAACAAGGACAUCAGCAAAACGGUAACUCUGAACAUAAUUCAUUUACUCACUGAAGAUUUCUCCGACGUCGACCUGACGCCCUUAGUCCAGUGCCUCUACAGGAAGGUCUUCGACCCGGACAUGAAGCCUGCAGCCAUAUCAACGCUCAAAGAGCUCCGCAAUCUAAUCGGGGAAGCAAAAUUUAAUAGUUACCUACAACACUUGAGUUCAGGAUCACAGGAGAAACUGGACGAGCUGCUGGAGGUUGUGGACACGCGGGCCACAGACGAAGGCAGUCAGGAAGGAAAUGACGAGGACGACCACGACGAGGACGACCACGACGAGGACGACAACGACAAAGACGAGGACAACCACGACGACGACAACGACGUGGUUACACCAAUUCUACUGGACAAGCAGGUCAGCAUUCCUAGCGAGGAGGAACCAAGCCCUCAGCGAAGCACAGAGUUUGGGAUUCUUGACGGUGCCAUCAUAGAGAAGAUAAGACACCCGAGGGACUGGAAGACUCGUUCAGAAGGGUGUGAACAACUGCGCGCGCAGCUGAAGACCCUUGAUGAUAUCACAUCAUUCCUGCCCCAUAUCCAGGACUUCCUCUCACUCCUCGACUCCCUCAUCGACGAUAACAACUUCAGGAUAUCCAUAACUGUCCUCGAUAUCCUGCGCAUCUUGAUAGAAAAGCUUAAGGAUGACCUUCCAACAUACCUGAAGCAGAUAGUACACUCGGUGAUCAAGCAGGUCGGCGACUCCAAGGUGGUGGUACGCAUCGAGAACAUGAAAGUGUUCCAAAAACUCCUCCAGAACGCCACCCCGGCGGCGGUGAUUCCCAUUCUCUGUGAUAACUUACGCCACAGAUCUCCUCGAGUGAGGGAAGACUGUCUCAACUACAUCAUCUACGCCCUCAUGACCUUCCCCAGCUACGAGUUCGACCUCGUCCACCUGGCGGAGAGGGUGAGUUCGAGUGUGGCGGACCCGAAGAGACGAGUUCGCCAGGCGGCGCUGGAAUGCAUGGCGGCCAUUGCUCAGUUCCUGGGACCGGCGAAACUAGGUCCCUUAAUGGCUGCCGUUGACCAAUUGGAGGAUAAGGAGGAGGUGGACGGGGCUCUGGCGGCCGUGCAGGCUAGACUAGCGAGACGACAGCUGCCCCGAGUGACGCCUGAUGGCCUCAUAGAAUACUCCCUGGCCGUCCCUUCCUCCUCCAGAAGGUCCAACUUAACUUACCCUAAAGGUGCUGACGUGGACUGGGUCCUGGCGGGCUCCGGUACCAUAGGGUCGGCGUGCCCAGGGGGCGGGAACCUGGCCACUUCGCUGUCCUCCUUCGCCGCCUCCGACUCCUUCGUCAACACCCUGGCCUACGCCCACCCGCUGUCUUCGCCCUCACGACGCAGGGGUGUGCCACUGGAGGAAAGUCUUCACAGAAAACGGUCCUUUUCGGAUGUUGCACUCAAUACAGUUGAUGAACGAGGCUUGGCACUCUGGAGCUCUGACGUCAUCGACCUCAGCAGGACGGCGCCCCCAGACUUAGGCGCAUACCGCGGAGUGUACUGGGGCAGCCUGAGGCAUGGCUCCUCGUUUAACCGUGGCGUCAACAGCGAGAAAGGGUACGCGUUACUGCCCAACAAGUAUGGGGUGGCCGGCCUGGGCAGUGCCCGGGGGGACACCAGACCUACAAGUCGCUCCCCAAAUAUUCACCGUCGAAUGAAUUCCUUAGCGCCCUUAGACCAAGGUGAUGGCUUGGUGACCGUACAGGGGUCCACGUUCAUCCCUCCCUUGUCGGCAGUAUCCAGACGCUCCGCUCGAUUCCCACGACAACCCGACCUCUACUCCGACCCUGAGGACGAGCUGGACGAGGAGGAUGUCCGGUCAGUGGAGUAUUACUUCGAGGAGGAUGAAGACGAAGCGGAAAUCGAAGAUGAAGCAGUGGACGAAGGCUUGGCUGACGAUGAGAGCAGCGUCUCCCGGCCCAAGAGUUCCGCCUCCACCAGGGACAGCGGGAUAUCCGUUUUCUCUGUUUCCCACGAGGGCGCUGCACUUACAGAAAACGGAAAGGAUGAGGCCAGACGGACAGCCAAGGGGGUCAGGGAGAGGAACAGAGACGUCCACAGCAAGGGUUCCUCCAGCUCCUCCCUCUCCUCUGUCGACGAUCAUGGGCGGAACUCCUACGACCUCGGGGUGGGCCGGAGCCGCAAGGUGGGCAGCUUGCCUUCUCCGUCUUCCCGGUCUCUACCCAGUGAGGUGCUCCGCUCCACCGGAGUGCCCAAGGGUGUGGUGGCAGGUGUGGGCAACAGGGCACGAAACACCCCGGGCACUGAGAGAGAGUUCCACACCUUUAGUUACGAGAGUGACUUCGAGACCGAUGAGGAGGACCCCAACGUCACGCUGGCCAACACCACACUCACCAAGAUGAAACUGCUGAGGAAGAAGCAGGAGCACCUGAAGGAGAUCGAGCGCCGCCGUCAGGAGCGAGAUAACAAGAGAUCGCAGGAGGAGCGCGCCAGGAAAUACCGCCAGCUUGAACUAGAACACAGUCAGAACUCCCUCCAGCCCUCCAGGGCAGACACUGGAGACUCCAGUCUAGGCAUUCCUUCCACCCUGAGCUACGGCAGUCGAGGCUCUGUGCUCAGUCCGCAACACAGCGUCAGACCCAGCCCCCGGCCAAGUGUUCAUCCAAGCCCCCGACCGAGUCCCCGUCCUAGUCCCCGUCCUAGCCCCCGUCCUAGCCCCCGGCCUAGCCUCACCAGCACCAUUCCUCCCUCUCAGAUAAGGAUCACCAAAAGCAAAAGUGUGAGCAACAACCUGAGCAAGAGUUUAGCUCGGAGUGGCGUCAAACCAGAAAAGCGGCAUCGUUCACUGGAGAGAAAUCCCGCUGCACAAACUAAUGGUUUCCACUCACGGGAGACCUUCAGGACUCCCCAGUUAGUGAAACGAGGCCAGCCUCCUGCUGGUUCAGGAGGCAGCUCUGGUGGCACCCACUAUAACACAAAGCUCGCCAGUAGUGGGGUCACGACCUCGUACACACGACGACCUCCUAGGCGUUUGCCUGAUAGAUCCUCCGAUGACCUUCCAACUGCAGUAGCAAUAAAUGUUGGAAUGCGGUCAUCAAAGCCAGCUUCCUCGUGCUUUAAGACGCAUCUUGAACCUUUCGCCAACCCCAAUGAUGGCUUGAAGAAUGCUCACCAACUACUUAAUUCGGCAGACUGGGAGAAGCAGGUUGAAGGGAUCGAGUUGAUAGUGAGGCUGAACGAACACCACCCUGAAGUUCUUCAGGCUGAUUUGCACAACGUCAAUUUAACACUGCUGAAGCAAGGAAAGAACCUCCGCUCCCAAGUGUCCCGUGCAGCCAUCCAGGCAUUUACACGUCUUUUUGAUACUUUGAAACGGAGCAUGGAGUCGGACUCGGACAAAAUUGUCAAUAUGCUACUUAACCGCUCGGCCGAUACGAACAAGUUCCUGCAGUUGGACAGCCAUCAUGCCUUGGAUGCACUCGUGGAAAAUAUAUCACCUACUAAGUCUAUUCCUGCCAUCAUUCAAGAAGGGAUGAAUCACAAGAAUGCCGUCAUACGAACAACUGUUGCUCGACUUCUGGCUUAUGAGGUGGAACGGCUUGGGGCCAGCAGAGUACUCUCGGGCCAAAAGGAUAUAACAGACCGCUUACUACCCGCAGCUGCCAAACUGGCCCAGGAUGGAAGCUUAGAAACUAGGCAGUAUACAAAGCAGAUCUUCCAGCUGUUGAUCCAGCAACCGCAGUUUGACGCUGUCCUUAAGAAGUAUGUAACGGCCACCGAGAUAAAGAACAUUCAGAAGUUCUUGGAUAACUUGAGAAAUGAGGGUCGCUCUAAUAAAGAUUCUGCCCGCUCUAAGUUUGGUCACGGGUCUCGCUAUACCAGGACAAUGUGAGUAGGAUAGUUCAGUUCAAAAGUCACUGUACAGUUGAUUCCUCAUAAUAAACUUCUGUGCAGCUCAAAGAGAAAUAUGAAGGAAAUUUGAUCAGAGAAAAUUUAAUGUGGUGUUGAUGUAAAUAGUGUACAGUACAUGUAAUGAGAGUAAGUGAGACGUACUUCCUUGUCAGUAAGCAUCUUUGUUAUUAGCAACAGUCCCAUACUCCAGUGCAGUGGGUUGAUGGAACAAAACCUUGGUGAUAAAGAUUACAACAAGAAAAAGAAUAUGUUAAAGCAGGUUAUAGCUGGAGAGUUUGUGUGUUUUAUCAUAUUGAUAUUGAAUUGACCUGAGGGCCACUAAUACACUAGUGGCCUUGACGAGGACAGAAAGCCAGCGGCUUGUCAAAGUUGCCCCCAUUUGCCCUGAUGAUUUUUUAAAGCAAGAUUUAAAGAUUUAACAGUUUUGGCAUUUAAUGCUUUGGCAGGUAGGCAGUUCCAUGGGUUUAUAACUCUGUGGGUGAUAAAGCAUCUUGUGUUUUCAGUCCUACAUUGUAGCUUGUUGAGCUUGAAACUAUUACUCCUUAUUUGUGUUAUAUCUGACCUUUUGUAGAAAUUGUUGAGUUCAACAUCCUCCAAAUUGUUCAGCAUUUUAAAGCUUUUAAUCAGGUCCACCCUGUCAUGCCUGGUUUGCAGUGUUGUUAGCCCUGUGGCCCUGAACCGUUUCUGGUAUGAGAGUUGACUUAGUUGUGGAAUGAUAUGUUGAUGAUGAGGUCUUCAUGCUUCGAUACAGUAAUGCAAUUGGGGGCUGACCAGAGAUAUGUUUUAUUUAUUUUAAUUUAAAAAUAAGAAAUUCCUAUGUAAUAUAAGAGAUCAUGCAAGCAAUGGUGUUGCUUGGUACUUAACUAUAGUUAAACAAGAAAUUGAUAGUAAAUAAUUAAGAAAAAUAAUAAAUAAAUUUAAGCAUUCAUUCAGCUGCCAAAGCUAGACUGUGUAUUCAAAAAAUAAAUUUGACACAUUAAACAAAUUGACAUGUAAUGCCUCACUUUGUGUAUCUCUGUAGUCACAAGCAAUUAUAAUAAUAAUAAUAAUAAUAAUAAAUAAUAAUUUUUAUUUAGGUAAAGGUA